AGUCCUCGGCGAACAACAGAAACGAUAACGACAGCCCACGCAAAAGAGCUCAGAACUCACAAAAAACCCUGGUGACAAAACAAAGUUCAGUGUCUCGGCCGCCGUUUAUCCUCAAAGGUGGCAAAAAGCAAACUGGUUUGGAAACCACAUAAAAAAAAAUUUGAAAAAAGUGCAAAGGAUUUCGAGAAGUGGAUAUUGGCAUACCCUCAAUCAUAAACAAGCAACUGAAAUGAGGCAUCUCUGGCUGCUCCUUCUUAUCGCCUGUGGAUCUGUCCAGUUCCCAGGUGUGCUGACCUUGCCGGAGGCACUCCCAGCCAAAUCUUCAUCGGCCGCUGGAGGCGGAAACGGAGGUGGAGCCGGGGGAGCCGUCACUGCCCCGUCAGCAGGAGACACCAGCAAGGACUACGACUACGAGGAGGACCAGCAGCGGGCUCCGGGAAACCUGGCCAAGUCGACCGCUGAUCCCAAAGUUCCAGAGCCAUACUUCGAGCACAGCGAUGUGGAUAUCUAUGUGCCGCAGAACGCGACCAGCGCCAAGUUGGAGUGCCCAGUUAAAAAUUAUAAUGCUGCACACCACGUCGUUCUCUGGUACAAGGAGAAGGUACAGGUAUCCAGCGGAAUGAAUAUAUUCAACCACAUCUAUGCCCUGGACGAGCAGUUCUCCCUGACCGUUCCCCUGGCAUCCAAUGCCACCGAGGAGCGCUACGAGUGCGAGGUACUGCCGAACAAAGUGCGACACACGGCUACCAUUCGCUUUGGCCCGGAGCCAAGCACCCCGGCUCCAUCUCUGCUUCCGGCACCGGCGGGCACAUCUGCUUCCUCCGUCAACGAUUCGGCGGCUCACGGACGGGACAUUAGCCUCUGGCUGCUGGGCCUCUUUCUGGCCCCGCUCCAGUUGGCAGUGACCUUUCGGUUCUGAAGCAGUUUGAGUUCAAGACCGCUCCAUAAAUCUGCACCACCGGCAUUACGUGAUUACGUUUGGAGAUGUGCACCGCAACAGAUGAGCUUGACAUUGGGAUGUAGCCCUCGGAUAACGUCGAUGGCCUGGCAAAUUUGCGAUAGUUGUUUGCUUUGUUACUGUAUUAUAUGGGAAAACGAUUUUCCAGGGAAGCGAACUUCCCAGAGCUAUAGGUUAUUUAAAUUUUACACUUCCAACUCAGCUUCCUCUACUUCCAAUAUCGAUGUUUUAGACCUCAUUUGAAGUAAAAUUGUUUGUAAGCCAUUACUUGAACUUAGAUACGCUACCUAUAGGAUCGAAUUAGCCUAGUGUGAUUGCUUUAGUAUUGCGCUUAGUCGAGAGAUUAGUACAUAAUUGAUUUUAACUUAGCGGAACAAAAUGCGAUACCAAGUGGCUUACCGAAUCAUUGUGAAGGAAACUAUAUAUAUGUGAACAGAUUAUGAGUACAUAAAAACAAUGUAUGCAAUUUUGUCGAAUGUAAAACUGAAAUAAACUAGAGCUGCUAAAGACCCAGCUGAAUCCAUUCAACGAAAUCCACCCCUAUAUAGCUACACACACACAUGCAGACCGGCAGGAUUCGGUGGCUUGCUUUCCGAGAGUGGCAGGGGAUAAACACACGCGCGACCAGGACAACAACAAAGCGCUGAGGUCCUUGUAGGAGCUCACUGCAGCUGCAACGCGGCGCAAGAGUGGG